CCAAUGUGUAAUCAAUGCGGCACGGGCCGGGUGUUGGUGCCGCCGCCGGUACGGUCUGCUGCUGUUCACAGACACGGACGGUGGUCAUGGCGCUGUCCAAGGUGCAGGACGAUACCGGGCUCCCAAAAUGGAAAGUGGCUCUUGCGGUAGGAGGCACUUUGGCCGCUGGGUAUGCUAUGUACUAUUUCAUAUUCAAACAACCCAGUGAAAAACAAGAAAAGAAGAAAACAAUACCAAAGCAGACUUCUGACGAGGCCGAAAGCCUCACCUCACCAAACACUGAGGAUACAGCUCACAUAAGUCCACUUGAAAGAGCACAAAGUUACAAGAACAAGGGAAACAAAUACUUCAAGGGUGGCAAGUAUAAGGAGGCCAUCAAGUGUUACGAUGAUGCUAUUGAGGCGUGUCCACCUGAGAAUAAAGUUGACUUGUCCACCUUCUAUCAAAACAGGGCAGCUGCCUAUGAACAGCAGAAAAACUGGGAAUGCGUACUUCGGGACUGCACGGCUGCCCUGGAGCUGAAUGAACGUUAUGUGAAAGCCUUACAGAGAAGAGCCAAAGCCUGUGAGGUACUGAAGGACCUAGAACAAGCUCUGGAGGAUCUCACAGCUGUGUGCAUAAUAGAAUCAUUCCAAAACCAAGCUACAUUAGUCAAUGUAGACAGGGUCCUGAAAGAACUAGGCCGAAUACAUGCUAAGGAAGCCAUGGAGAAGCGAGAGCCCAUCAUGCCUUCCAACCACUUCAUCAAGACCUUCUUUGAAUCCUUUGCUGAGGAUCCCAUCUUUAAUUCUGUUGACAAAGAGAAGGAAGGAGAUGUGGAUGAAACAGAAAACCAACCUGGGAAGAAUGCCACUAACAAUGGUUACAUGAAGGCAAAGAAACAUCUCCAGGAUGGAAAUUAUGGGUCAAUAAUUGAGUGUUGUCAGAAUGAGUUAGCAAACCCCCUCACCCCAUACAAGGUUGAAUCCCUUCUGCUACGAGCCACCCUGUACCAGCUGCGGGGAGAGAGCAAGAAAGCCAUGGAUGACCUGACAGCACUUAUUAAUAUUGAAAACAGUCCACUAAAAAUGAAGGUAAAUGCCCUGGUGAAGCGCGGGUCACUCUUCAUGCAGCAUGAGAAAGUGGAUGACAGUCUUCGAGACUUUGACAAAGCUGCUCUCCUUGACCCUCUCAACUCAGAUGUUUUCCACCAUAGAGGACAGAUCCAUCUGCUAAUAGGCAAGGUUGAUGCAGCAAUGUCAGAUUUCAAGAAAGCUGUUGACCUCAACUCCAAUUUCCCAAUCGCAUUUGUCCAGCGCUGCUACACAGACUACAGGUAUGCCUAUCAGCUGGGUGAUAAGGCAAAAGUGGAGGAAGUAAUGAAGAAGUUUGAUGAAGCUUUGAAGAAUUUCCCCAAGUGUGUAGAAUGUUACGUUCUUUAUGCUCAGGUUCUGUGUGAUCAAGGUGAACAUGAACGGGCAGACAGCUAUUAUGUUAAGGCCUUGGAAGUGGAGCCUGACAACCCCACAACACUAGUCCACCGUGCCCUGCUCAUACUGCAAUGGAAGGGAGAUCUUGCCCAGGCCCGGUCUUACAUAACACAAGCCCUUGAGAUAGAUGACAAAUGCGAGCUUGCUUAUGAGAAUUUGGCUACCAUUGAAGUACAGACUGGUAAUUUGAAGAGAGGAGUAGAACUUUUUGACAAAGCUAUUCCUUUGGCAAAGACAGAGAUGGAAAUGGCUCAUCUCUUCUCCCUGAGAGAUGCUGCUGUGGCACAGCUGAAAAUUGUAGAGAAGAUGGGCAUCAAUAUCCCUAAUCUUGGGUCUUUGUAAAUCAUUAUGUAAGCAUAUUUUUAUAUUUUUAUUGAACAGACCAUUGUUUUCUUUUAGUCAUUAUUGUUAACUUCAAAUCUUUGUAAUAAUCUUAUCCUUUUUCAAUAAUUAUGUGUGAAUGGAGUGCAUGGAACUGGGAGGCAUUAAAAAUACAAAGAAGCUAGAAAGUUAGAAGCUAUUACUUGUAUAUUCACAGAACAAAUGCAUGUGUUAAGAAUCAGAAAAAAUAAAAUAUUUAUCAUUGUCAUGGAGCAGCCUAUUAUUGAUUCAGUCUGCCUUUUCAUUGCUAUUGUAUUAGUGAGGCAGAAAUCAGAUUAUUUUUAUUGUCAUGAGCUGAGCUGAUAUGGCUUUCCUUUGCAGAAUGCCAAUUCUACUUUACUAUUGUAUGCUGUCACCAUCAUUAUUGUGAUUGGUGCCUUUUGGUACAGUAAUGCUAGUCCCUUCAUGAGACACUGAAUAAUAUCAGUAAUUUUUCAGUAAUCACCAUUGAACAAGCAGUGCACAUGUUUUGAAGAACUGCAUUGUGGAUGAAGUUUGGACAAGAUUAUCAUAGCAGUAAUUAUCACUGUCAUCAUCAUAGUCAUAACAGUGCCAUUCUUAACAGUGAACAAGGUGGAGAUAGGUUGGGGCAUACAGAGCUGGGUGGGAGUGCAAGGGUGCACUGUAACUAUGAAGUCUAUUUUCAGAAAGUUAUUCAAAUUUUGUGUGUUGUCAAUUGUAGUAUUCAAGUGUAGGAUUUUCUUAGACACUCAGUAUGUGCAUGCAUGGUGUUUAGCUACAGUACUCACACAGAAAAAUGAGAAGGUGUAUAUAAACUGCCAUACUGAUUAAUGCAAAGACAUUCGCAAGCAUAAACUUUUACCUAUUUACCUUUCUUUGGGACAAUGAUGCCAGAAGGUCAACAAUUCAAAUUAACAUAUUAGAUUAUUCAGGUUAUAAUGUUAACCACCUUUUCAUAAAUGGCACAGUCUGAAGGAACUAGACCAUUGUGGAAAAAUAUUGAACAUAGUCUUAUUGUUCUUAUUACAAUUUGUUUACUGGCUCACUUAUUUAUGUUAAAUUAAUAUGAUUGUUCUUUAAUUUAUCUUUAGUGAAAAAUGAAACAAAUAAAAAAAUUAACUACAGAUGCAUUGUUAUUAAUGGCAUUAAGGAUAGUGACUCAUUAGUUAUGGUGUUCUUUGAAGCACACUGAGACAUCACAUGGAAUCUAUGCUGAGACUCUUGCUGUCCUCUGAGAAGCUCUAAAAGUUUCCUCUACAUUACCAUCACCAGGGAAUUGUCUUACACAUGUUAGUAAUGCUUAUUGUUCUGAUGAUCAUUGCUGGUAAUGGUGGCAGGCAAGUUUUGAGAGCUUGUUAGCCAGCAUGUGCAUCUUGAAGUGAUUGGCCAGAUUCUAUGGAAUUCUAUAUGGCUUCAGUAAUUUCAUGUCUAUCCACUAUUUACUGGAUGAUAUAUAGUGUGUGUGUGUGUGUGUGUUUUCCAGAGUGUGCUAUAGGUGGUAUAGAAGCCUCCAUCAUAAUAAUAUAACUGAUUUCAGUCUUGAAGGUGAAUUUAUCAAAUUAUUUCCAGACCAUUAACACUGUCAGCAUUGCAAUGUAAAUAUUUUCAUUAUUGAUAAUUACAGACACACAAUGGACAUUUGUUAUCUAUCACUAUUGCAAAUGGCCUCUUAAAUUAUAAUUUGUCCUUGAAAAUUAUUUUUUUAUUAUAUCGUCUUCUUUCAAUCUCUAUUUAUUUUAUUUCUCCUGAAACUAAAUGCUUGAUUGUCCAGUAUUAAUGACGUGAGACCAUUUCAAGCAAGAUUCAUCACACCUGGUCACCAAUACAAGAAUCCAAUGGUUUAACAGAUCAAGUUUAUGUUGGGCUGUACUUCAAAUUACAGAUUGUGAAUAAGAUUUUGCUAAGUUACUAAGUAUAUACACAGUUGAAAAUUCUUGAACACUAUGAUCAUACUUUCUUCUUAAGACAGUUUGUGUUUAGGUGGAAGUGUGUUGGUUUGUGGUGAGUGCUAGUAAGUAGUGGUUCACUCUUGUGACAUAAGGUACUGCUGUCAUUGCUCAGAUUCAUCCCUAAAGUAGGUCAAUAUCUCUUUAAAGAAAGCAGAGACUCAGAUAUGAUACAACAUGUUGAUUCAACACAGUAUGUAAAUAUAAACAUCUUUAGAAAUGCUAUAAAAGAAUGUUGUGUAUAGUUAUGUUUAUUAAGUUUUUAGACAUGUAAAUUGUGCUUCAUACUGCUUAAUCCAUUAUUUCCUAGAUUCUAUCUAUAUUAGCUGCUUGUAUGUUGGAAUUAUUGAGGUUUCUUACAAUUGUUAUAUUUCAAAUGGAAUGUAAUUGUACACACACACACACACACACACACACACACACACACACACACACACACACACACACACACACUUUUCCCGUAUGUUACAAUUAGGUAAAUACAAUUAGGUAAAUUAGGUAAAUACACACACAAAUACACAACACACUUUAAUAUGUGGCGUUGGAUUGACAAGAAUGUAAAUAGUUUGUUAAUUGGAGGGAAAAGUUAUUUGCUACUAGGCAAAAAGUACAUAGAGUACUUACUCAAUUAUCAAUAGUAUUCAAAAGCAUUCUAUUUUGAAAGCAAAACUGUUAUGCAUAUUUGAAGCUACCAGUUAAGGCAAACCAUACCUGAAACUGAAGCUUUGUAAUUAUUCAAGGCAAGCUGUUAUACAAUUACUAAUGUAAAUAAUGCUUAGAAAUAUGCUGAAAAUACAUAAGCUUGUACUUCACUGUAAUGUGUUACCAUACUUCAUGUGCCUUCAUGUUACAAUAUUGAAAUGGUAUUAGUAUUGUGUCAUAUGUGUAUUGAUACCCAAAAGUCUUAUUAAGGUAACACUUUUUGUAACAUCCAGUGGAACAUUUGAUACUCAUGAAGCAUUACAUGAGAUCUGACUCCUUGCACUUGUCAGCAAUGUGUCAUGCACUGUGUCUGCUGUAUGGUACCUUCUGAUUUACUGUGCAGACUCUUGAGCUUCUGCAAUUUGACAAGUACCUAAUACUACUGUGAAAGAUAGUUGUAUACCAUAAUAACUCGAAGCAUGUGGAUUACUUCAUGUUAAAUGGUGAGGAAAAAAUAAAUAAAGGCCAAAGCUUUAUCACUUGUACAUAUAUGAAUCAUCUGAAAUUGUUCUUGUUCAUUGAAAAUUUUGUAAACAAUGCUUUUGCAGUAUGGAAGUUUAUGGCUAUUUAAAUCUGGGAAUAUAUAUGUUCAUAUAUUUGUCAUUCUUUCAAUAAUUUUGAAGGUAAUCUUCAUGUCUUUGUAAGAUUUAAAGAAGCUGGUGUAACUUACAAAUUCAAGCUGUAAGGUUAAUGGUAUUUACCUUAAGUAACAAAAAAGAAACAUGGAUAGAGAAUUUAAUUGAAAAUUAUAUUUCUGCUGAGUAAGCCUGGGAAUGGUAGCCAAUCAAGACAUAAAUAAAUAAAUGAAUAAAUAAAUUGUCUGCUAAAAAUAUACCUAGGACAACAGUAGUUGAUCACACAUUACUUAAGCCCUGGUGACAUAAUACAGUGGAUAUAUUUUGUCACAACACUGAACAACAAAGUUUUAUUUACUCCCCAUCCACUUGUGCUUUUAAUUACAAUGUAUUAUAAUGAUUCCAUGUUUUUUUAUACAUUUUGUGCCAGUAAUGGCCUCUUAUGGAAGGAGUUAAAAGAAUGUACACAGGACACCAAAGAUCAGUAAUGAUGAAUAUGUUGAAUGAAAAGCAUAUGUAGCAACUGGUUGACAGCUGAUUUGUGUGAUCACUCUUAACACUAUGCCUGUAAUUUGAAAGUGUCAUGAUGGGAUGUGGGAAAGUUAAAUGGGAAAAGAAAAAGUAUAUAAAUAUGUAAGAGGGGAAGCUUAAAUGGGAAAAGUAACAUGGUUCACAGAUGAUUAAUGAAAAAUUAAACAUUAACUCCAGGCCAGCAAAGCACUAAGAUACUGCAUAUUCACCAUCAUGAAAAAAAAAAAAAAUUAAUAAUAAUAAACUGUGUACUUUGUUGUAACUGGCAGUAUCAUGUAUUUGUGUAAUCACUCAUAUCUACUUUCUCAGCUUGAAUGAAUAAUAGUUUUUUUUUGCUAUGGAUGAAUGCAAACUCUUCAGCUUUGUAUAUUUUUGAGGAAGUAGUGUGAUAUCAUUGAGUGGCUGGUAUUCAAAAUUACCAUAUAUAAACAUACCAACCUGUUUGUUAAAUUACUUACAGAAUGUACUACCUUGAAGUAUUAGCUGAAUGUAUUUAGCCAUGUGUAUGAAUGACAAUUUGUCAGACCCUUGGUUAUGUCAAACAUUUCCAAACCCAUAUUUUGUUUGAGUUUGUAAAUAUAGUUUUGUAUAUGACAAAAGAGCAACUUGUCUUGUAGAUAUUCUUGCACAGACAUGCUUAUGAUAAUAGCUAUGAUAUACAUAUUUUGCUCCAUGGAUUGCAGUGAUAUAUAGCCCAUCAUCAUUUGCAACACUUCUGAUGGUGGCCACUUUACUAACAAAUGCAAAAACAUGAGUUAUUCACAAGGUGGGAAGACUUUUAUGGUUGAAUAAUAUCAAAUAUGAAAUUCUAAUGAAUGAUCAAGUAUCUAUUCAAUAUGUACUCACCAAAGUCAUGGACUCUGUCCUGAACAGAUCCCUGGUUUAGGUGACUACCUGGAAAAAGUGUGUAAAUUCACUUGUAUAGCACCAUUAGAUACAUGUUGUUAUUAGGACCAAUUAAAAUAACAUGAUGAAA